GAGUUGCCGGAUCAGUCCUACGCUUAGCUUCAUACAUACAUGCCUGGGUUCUUCGCGAGCUCUGGACAAUACUCUCACAGACUUUCGCACCAUUCCUUUGCAAAUCACCAUGUCGUGCGACGCAAGCUCGUCCGAUGUUUGUGAUGCGAGUUCUAUGCGUAAAAGAGAAGGCCGAGCAGCUGGGUAUCUGGCACAGCUAUAACGCCACCGAAGCCAGUUGACAGUGGAGGUUUCUUAACCCUCGCCGACGCUGUCCGCUCAGCUUCAGCCUUGUUUUCUGCAUUAUCCCCGAACCAGCUCAUAGAACUGCGCACAACCUUGAUGGAGUCCGUACCCCCGUCCAAGGUUUUCGCCAACCAAGUAGGCGGUCACCCGGGAGUCACGACAACCGAGGACGGCUCUCUGCUCAUUAAACCCACCCUCCCUAGUGAGAUCGCUUUCUAUCAGGCCCUCCUAACGGACCCGCGAUGCGAGAACCUCAGAGACUUUGUACCCGAGUUCUACGGUACCCUGAAGCUGGAGGGCAGGGUCGAGAAUGAGGCUGGCGGACUGGACAUGAACGCCAUCAAGCCGCUGGAGGGCGUCCCGGAGAGCGAGAAAGAGUCCAUUGUGCUUGAGAAUCUCGCACACACGUUCGCGAAGCCGAACAUCCUGGAUAUCAAGUUGGGCACGGUGCUCUUUGAUGAGGACGCCACCCAGGAGAAGCGAGAACGAAUGGAGAGGGUCGCCGCCGAGACGACCUCGAAGGAGACUGGUAUGCGGCUUACGGGGUUCCAAGUUUACGACCUGGCUGCAGACAAGCCGGUAGUAACGGCGAAGGCCUAUGGCAAGUCGGUCAAGCCAGCAGACCUCCCAGACGGCUUCGCGCGAUUCUUCCCACUCGUAGCACCCGCCUACCCUACCGACUCCGCGCAGCCUACGACGAGCGCAGGUGCAUUGCACGCGACCGGCCUACCAUCAGAGAUAUUGCUACCAAUUCUCAAUGCUCUACUAUUAGACGUGGAGGAGAUCCUCGAUGUGAUGAAAGACAUCGAGUUGCGGAUGGUCGGAGGGAGCCUGCUGAUCGUCUACGAGGCUGAUUGGGAGCGAGCAAGGGAAGGGCUCCGACUGCUUCGCGAGGCAGAAAAGCGUGCAGAAGCCGACGUAGAUCGCGAUACCAGCGAAGACGAAGAGGACGAGGAUACGGAUGAGGACGAGAUCGAGGACGCUGUCGGCCCGCCGUUUGUGGCUAGGCUCAUCGACUUCGCACAUACGAAACUUGUGCCAGGUCGGGGACCCGACGAAGGCGUUCUGCGCGGCUUACUGACGGUUGCAGAUUUGUUAAGAGGAAGGAUCGCGCAGGUCGAGGCGGUGUCUGUAAAUACGCUUACGUCGUCGUAAUUGAAGUCUUCAGCAGACGGU